CAAAACCCUAGACCAUCGCCUGCCUCGUCUUCAAUUUAUUGUUGUUCUUGGUUCACGUCAUCUCUCUGCAGCCUGCGCGCGCAUCACACGGUCGACGUUUGAUUCCGUAGCCGAACAGAGGGAAGAUGAGUAAAAGCGUGGCUACUGCGGGAGCGAAAGGCGGGAAGAAGAAAGGAGUUAGCUUUGUGCUCGAUUGUACGAAGCCGGUGGAGGAUAAGAUUAUGGAGAUUGCUUCGCUUGAAAAGUUCCUGCAGGAGAGGAUUAAGGUCGGCGGAAAGGCCGGUGCUCUUGGGGAUUCUGUUACGGUAACUCGUGACAAGAACAAGAUAACAGUCACCGCCGAUUCUGCAUUUUCCAAAAGGUAUCUCAAGUAUUUGACAAAGAAAUACUUGAAAAAGCACAACGUAAGGGAUUGGCUUCGGGUUAUUUCUUCAAACAAGGAUCGCAAUGUCUAUGAAUUACGCUAUUUCAACAUUGCUGAGCAAGAGGGAGAGGAUGAAGACUAAGCUUGGAUCUUUAGUUCAAUUUUUUAGCCUGUGCUAGACCAUGUUCUUCCUGGACCACUUUUUGAUCAAUCUGUGUUGUUGGUUCUGCUUAUUAUUGCUAAACUUUCAGACUACUGUUUUGUUUUAUAGUGAUGAUAUCUUGUGCUAGUUAGAAUUAUCAUGUUAUAAUUAAAUCGUAUAAACCCGUUAUUGCAUUCA